AUGACACAAGUUAUCCCAGAAACUUAUAUUCCUCCUCUUCGAUUUAGUAUGGUUCAACCAAAUCUUUAUAGAGGAGCAUAUCCAAGAGAAGUUAAUUUUAAAUUUCUUGAAACCCUACAUUUAAAAACCAUAAUUUCAUUAACACCAAAUCCAAUUUCACCAGAGACAGACCCCCAGCUUUAUAAUUUUGCAAAAGCGAAUCAAAUUCAACUUAUUCAUUUAGAAUGUGCACAAUCUGGUAAGGGUAAAAAAAGAGGAGUUCCAUUAGAUUACGAGAUAACUAUUCAAGCAUUACAUUAUAUAAUUCAUAGUCAAUAUCAACCAAUUUAUGUUCAUUGUUAUAAUGGUGGUCAAGUGACAAGUUUAUUAGUUGCAUGUUUACGAAAAUUACAAUUUUGGUCUGCUAUUUCGAUCUUUAAUGAAUUUAUUAAUUUUACUACUAAUAUAACAGUAAAUGAUAGAAGCUUUGUCGAUGGUUUCCAUGGUGAUAUAAAUAUAAAUCACGAAGAUAAAGUUGAUUGGUUAUGGGUAGGAGUUAGCAAACACGUGGUUGGAAACCAUCCUAGAUUACGAUUCAUAGAAGAAAGCAAGGAUAAAUCUCUGAAAUUUGUGUAA